GUCAUUUUGAAUGCGUCCUUCCUUGUGACGACAUAUCUCGUGGACUUGUAGUUUUUCCAGCGGCUAUCAUGCAAGCUCUGUGAAAAAAGAUUGACAAAUGGGUGCAAAAAGGAUGCAGUUCGAGCUGAGUCGUGUAAUCCAGGGUAACUGCAGGCUAGGAGUUUUGAAGGGAGUGGGCAACACGACGGAACAGUACUCUCUGGAUACUCCGGGCUGUCUAUUGUACACACACCUCGGUACAGUCCCGCAUCUUACCGAGGACACGCUGCACACGUUGAAGCACCUCCCAUGUGUUUCCCAGGUCACUUUGUCGGCAAUAGCAGAACACCAAGAGGUUUUAGAAGACUUUAAGGAUGGAUUCCAGAAGUUUUCAGGUCUUCGUGAUACCGUUUUGUACUGCUCACUUCAUGACCCAGCAGCCUCAUGCCCAACAGGGUAUACAACCAACAAGACUGUGUCGGUCUGGGGCAGUGGUGGACGAAUAGAGCUCACGGUGGCUAAAUUUAUGGCAUUGGUAAAAACCGUGCAGCCUGACUGGUACCAGAGCAUGGCAGAUGGCGAGACCUGGCAAAGUAACACCUCCAGAAAAAGGGUUAGGAAAUCUGUGGAUCGAACCCUUGCCCAUUUGGAUGAGUGUCUUCUGGUGCACCAAACGACACCGGAGUUGGAGGGAAUGGAGGUGUUUGGAGUGGUAGAGGGAGGAGACAUCCUGGAAGAGAGAGUGCGUUCCGCCAAAGAGACGGCUAAGAGGCCAGUAGCAGGCUUUUGUUUGGAUGGUCUGCAGACAGGCUUCCUGGACCGGGCUCUGAGGAUGGAGCUCAUCUCUGCUGUGAACAGAGAACUGCCUCAGGACAAGCCCAGGCUGCUGCAGGGUGUGGGCUGUCCUGAUGAGGUGCUGGCUUGUGUGGAGGCUGGAGUGGACCUGUUUGAGGGUUUCUUCCCCUUUCAGGUGACUGAGCGCAGCUGUGCCCUUUCCUUCAACUACAAAAUCUGCCUGGACCCAGAGCACACAGUGCUAGAGCAGGAUGAAAUGGAGAAACCAGUGGUGAAGAUGGAACCAAAUGGAGAAGUUAAUCCCGAAGAUCAAAUUCAGAUGACGGCAUUUGAGAUCAAUCUGAAAGACAAGAGGUUUCAGGACGACUUUGGGCCGCUGGUGGAGGGGUGUGGCUGUUACUGCUGCAAGAACCACCAGAGGGCGUACAUUCACCUGCUUGUGACCAAUGAACUUCUGGCUGGUGUUCUGCUCAUGAUCCACAACUUGGCUCACUACCAGGGCUUUUUCAAUGCUUUGAGAGAUGCACUGGCCAAUGACAAACUGGAUGUACUGAAGCGCCAGGUCCUGGGAGAGAAAGGAAUGAAGUAGAUCAAGAAUUACUAAAAUCUGGGGACUUUAUCAACUAGAGAUCACUGCAUUGACCACAGGCUGCUGAAAUGUGUGAGGUCAACAGAUUCACUACAAGACUCUAAAUCCACAAAUGAUAGAGGUCCCUUUUGUUUCAAAGCUUGUCUCUGGAGUGGGACACAUGUUGCAACAAAGAGGACAAGAUCUGAAGAACACAACGCCUCAAUGUCUGGGCUUUGAUUUCUUGUCCUAGUUUAACACCAAAUGAGGCUCACUACUGAUCAAAAGAGAUAGCCAGGAGAUGAAGUCAGGGAUAGGUGUCUGAGGAGGGAAAGGAACCUGAUGAGAAGUCAUCAUAAAUUUGCAUAGAGGAAUGUAAGGAUAAAUGUGGCUGGACUAUUGAUUGUCUCCGUGUGCCUGCUCUUGCUAAUCUGAUCUCAGGUCAGUCCAUGACUAAUGUCCUUUGGACCUAUUGACACUGGAGGUGAUUCAUCUUAAGACCUUUGAAGUAUUAUGUAACUUAGGUAAAAGUUAACAGUCACAUUUAAAUAGGCGCUCCAGUACUUAGCUGAAUCCUGCAUCGUCCACCACAUGAGGCUGUGUUCUGCAUUAAACAUGGCCGCUUGGUUGGAUACUGCUUGUGCCAUGCAGAUGUGACUGGUGUUGUCUCAUGGGUUUUGGGGAGGUUAACUGGAGGUUCGCUCUGACAGCUCACCUGCUUGUGCAGCCGAGAGAGGAUAAAGAUGAGGUAAAGAUAUGGGUCUGUGCUGCCGCCUGUGCUGAGCUGGGGAGGGCUUUUUGAAGGUGAGGGGAUGUAAUUGACUGCCAGACCGUGCACAUGUCUGAAGGGGACAGGUUGGGGGAAAAGGUACACUGACAGAUUUAUGGAGCAACCAUGAGGAUUUUUGUUGUACUUGUCCAGAUUCAGCAUUUUAAAGAACUAGAUUGGUGGAUUUGCUGUCAUCAUAAGACAGCAGUGUGGUGCAUAAAUGUUUGAAGAAAUGUAGGCCUAAAAUUAGUUUUGAAAGAUGAAAAGGAGAAACUUUAUUAAUGGUGCCGCUAAACAAGUGCUGACCUCUGGCCUAUUUAUUUUAAAGUUUAAUGGGAUGCCAGUAGACAGGACUUGUGAGGAGGAGGUUGUAAAGUCUGUCCCCAGAUUAUCCAGUAAAAAUAGAAGAGGUAGAGUGCUCUGGUUUUCCUCAGAUAAUGUCAUGUAUUAUUGAAGAAAUAUUGUUGGUGCUCCAUCGCCUAAACUAAUAACUAACUGUAACUAAUCACUGAGACAAUGCAAUGCGAGGCAAUCUUAUACAAUGAUUGUAGUCAUAAAUUCAAAGUAAUAAAUGGGUCUUUGUGCCACUUUGAAAACUG